AUGCGUGUUCCUUUCCCCUCACAAAAGAACAUACGGAUUCAGAUAAAGACGAUAACAGCCAAGUCCUUCAAUGAUCAGGUUUUAUGUUUGACGGAAGAGUUCAAUCAAAUGAGUUUAACCAUGAUAGAUUUAGGAAUUUCAUUUCUGAGGUUGAUCACGAGCCCUGAUGCUUCCGGUGCAUCUAUUAUUGGAUGGCUCAUCACUGGAUCAUUUGGACUGAUGGCAGUCGUAUAUGCCGUUCUCAAGUGGCAGCGUAGGUCCUCGUUGAAUUGGAUUAAAGCUGCAGCAAGAGAGAAGAAGAAAGUUUGGAAAAAGUUUAAAGUACCACUGUCUGGUCAUUCUUGGGUUGAAGAUUUCACUUACAGGGAACAACCAUCCACUUGUUGUUUCUGCUUGACUUCCCUUUGGCCUUCCCAAAAUCUAGGUACAACAGCCUCACCACAUACCCCUCUCCAUCGUUGCUCUGUUUGUGGUGUCGCUGCUCAUUUCCUUUGUUCACAGUUUGCAGCAAAGGAUUGCAAAUGUGUUGCUCAGGCUGGUUUUGGCCAUAUUAGACACCACUGGUCAGAAAGAUGGGUUAACGUGUAUGAAAAUCACGAGAUGUCUGCCUUCUGUUUUUACUGUGAUGAGCCAUGCGGUGUUCCCUUUGUUAAAGCUUCUCCAACAUGGCAUUGCCAGUGGUGUCAGCGCCUCAUUCAUGUUAAAUGUCAUAACAAAUUGACUAAAGAUUCUGGUGACUUUUGUGAUUUGGGUCCCUUGAGGCGAAUUAUCCUUUCUCCUCUUUGUGUCAAAGAAGUUGAUGAGGAUCUAAAAGGAGGACGGCUAAGUUCUAUUAUAAGCUCUUCUGUUAAUGGCCAGAUUAGAAAGCGGCAUAACCGCAGUAAACAUGGAGGUGGUUACAAUGUGAAUCCGUAUGUUCUUUUGUGA